AUGAAGUCUUCACGUUCCACAUCUUCUAGAAUCACCAGCAGAUCUGCUAGAAGGUUAAUGUCUGAAUCGUCGGACGAUAGUGACGACGGAGGAUUUUCAAAUGCACAGAUGGAUAGUGCUCGGGCGGAGAAAGCGUUCUCUCGCCGCAGACAAACAAUACCUACUCCAAACAGUUCGGAUGUUACAAAUGAUUCUCUUCGUAUUAAACCUGACAGAUCAUUAUUCAGAGUGUCCGAUACUGAUUCGGGGGAAUCAUAUGAAAGUAGUAAAGUUGAUAAAAAGCAACUGUAUAAAUAUCACGAUAAAACAACUUCUCCUGAAAACUCUGGAAAUGAAUCGAUUUUCAAACCUACAAAAAGAGAUUUGGCCAAGUAUAGAAAUGCAUUACUUUCAAGUGAUGACGAACAAUCAAAAUUUAAUAGUUGUGAUGAAUCGGGUGACAACUCUUUUUCUAAAAAAAGUCCAUCUUUAAAAGAAUCGGAUGAAAGUGGUGAAGAAUGUUUACUUGAAGAAUAUAUGGAUAAACCUACCGAAUCAAGAAAAAUUAUAGCUAAUGAAUCUUUUAAGCCUCUUGGAAAGUUUAAAACCAAACAAGCUUUAAUUUUAAGUUCUAGCGAUGAAAGUCAAACAAUGGCAAACAGUGAUAUUUUUGUUGAAACUAAUCCAAAUUUGGAGUCAGAUUCGGAUAUUAUAAAUUCACCACAAUAUCAAAAAUUCAAAAUACCUAAAAAAGUUGCUCAUGAAGAAUCUCAAAUUGAAACAAAAUUAAAUGAUUUAUCUAUAAUUGAACCUAGUGAUUCUGAUUCUGAUGUUUCUGCACAUCAUAAAUCAACUGUUACAUCUUCUAAUCAAAACAGACCAUUUGUUGAUGACUUGAAAUUGUCAAACACUAUCUAUUCGUUAAAUGAUCCAAUAUCUCAGAGUAGUAUUUUAGAAUAUCCAAAUUCUGAAAAAAUAAUCUUAGAAGAGUCAUCUAAGAUUAAGAAAAAUGAGAAAGUUGUUGAAACAAUUAAUUUGGUUGGCGAUAGCCCAAAAACCUCUAAGGUAUGGUUUCCGAAACAACAAAAUGUAACAAUUGAUUUAACUGAAGAAAAAGAAAACGAAAAAUCUCCCAUAUUUUCAAAAGAUAUUUCAAUUGGUGAUACAAAAAAAAUGAGUAGUGAGGUUUUUCAAUCUCUGCAAAUGGAAAAACUAAGAUUAGAAGAAAUUCUAAGCCGAUAUACAAAAAAUAUCGCCAACAUGAAAAACACUAUGAAAAUAACAAAUUUAAAUUUAUUGCCUGAUGGAGGUUAUAAAUUAAAAAGAGCUAUUAUAAAAGAAGAAAGUGCAUUUGCAGAUACAAGAACACAAUUAAAUAAUGUACUAAAAAAAAUGGAAGAUGGCCCAGAAGAAUUAAAAAUAUCUCAAAAACCUCACUCUUAUCAUUUACAAACAUUAGAUAUUAAUAAUGCAUUGACUAAAAAGGCAGCCGGUAAUAUUGACAUUAAUGCCAUGGGUGACAAAGCUUUGAGUACUUAUCGCACACAGCAAACUAUGACUUUAGAUGUACUUAAUAGUUUGCACAAAUCAUUAGGAACCUGCCCGUCUUCCGAUAUUUUAGCCGAAGACCCAGAAAAACUUAAAGUGGAGCUUAUGCCCCACCAAAAACAUGCUAUAGCAUGGCUGAUGUGGAGAGAGAGUCAAAAACCACACGGCGGCAUUUUAGCUGAUGAUAUGGGCUUAGGAAAGACUUUAUCAAUGAUUUCUCUAGUUCUUAAAGCUUAUGAAGCUCAAGAAGACGAAGAAGAAGAUUCGGAAACGGAUGAUUCUUUUGAAGACUCAAAUCUAAAUUCUUUUAAAGGUGGAACUCUUAUCAUUUGCCCAUCAUCAUUAAUCAGCCAGUGGGAUAAUGAAGUCAAAUCAAAAGUAAAGCCAAGAGUUUUAGAUGUAGUUAAAUAUUAUGGGCCAAAUAGAGAGUCUUCUGCUAGACGAUUGGCCAAAAAACAUAUAGUCUUAACCACAUAUCAUACAGUCAUGUGGGAUCAAAAAAAUCAUAAGAAUACAAGCCCCCUAUAUAAUAUUAAAUGGUGCAGAAUAAUUCUCGAUGAAGCCCAUACAAUCAGGAAUCAUAAAAGUCAAACGUCUGUAGCAGUAAGUUCGCUUUCUGGUAUCAAUCGAUGGGCGUUAACUGGCACUCCAAUCCAUAAUAAGGAAGCUGAUUUUUUUGCAUUGUUAAAAUUCAUUAAGUGUCGUCCUUUCGAUGAAUGGGUUGUUUGGAAACGUUGGGUAGGUAAUAAUGAUGAAGCUGGUAGAAACCGACUUUCUUUAUUAACCAAGGCACUAAUGUUAAGACGAACAAAAGAUCAGUUACAAAAAACAACAAAAUUUGUUUUACCGGAAAAAACAUUUCAUACCAUCAAAGUAGAAUUAUUUAAAGAAGAAAAAGAAGCAUAUGAAAAAGUUUUGCAAUUCUCGAGCUCACUGUUUGCAACAUAUCUGUAUGAAAAAGCUGACAAAGAAAAUGCUAUAGAACGUGGUUUUCCAGUAAAACACAAAGCUAAAUAUUUAAGUCAAAAUAAGGACGAUAUUUUUAAAGACCAUCCUGAACUGGACAAAUUAUUCAAGCAAUUAGUGAAUAACAAAAGCAUUCAAACUCAUCAUAUCUUAGUUUUAAUAUUGCGACUAAGACAGCUUUGUUGUCAUCCUUGCUUAUUGAAAAAUAUGCUGGAAGACGAAUGUCUUAAGACUGAUGGCAUACAAAACAAUGGAGAUUUAGAUAUAGUAGACAAAUUGAGUCGAAUGUCUAUUGGCAUUCCGAAUGUUGAAAACGAUAAUGUUAAAAAUAGUAAUGCAAUAUUUAAUGAAAAAUGGAUUAGUUCAAAGAUUAAAGCUGUCUGUGAUAUGGUGGAAGAAAAAGUAUUGCAUACUGAUGAUAAGGCUGUAAUUGUGUCUCAAUGGCCAAGCGUGUUAAACCUAGUAAACAAACAAUUAUCUCAGUAUAACGUUAAAACUGAGAUAUUCAGUGGAGCUGUUCCUGUUCUACUUAGAAACAAAAUAAUAAGUGAAUUUGACAGAGUCAAAGGCGGACCAAAAAUUUUGUUAUUGUCAUUAACCGCUGGCGGUGUUGGUCUCAAUCUGGUAGUUGCAAACCACUUGUUCCUAGUGGAUAUCCACUGGAAUCCACAACUCGAAGCACAAGCAUGUGAUCGCAUUUAUAGAGUAGGGCAACAAAAACCAGUCAAUGUAUACAAGUUCAUUUGUGAUAACACAAUUGAAUCAUCAAUUCAAAAAAUUCAAACACAGAAGCUUGAAAUUGCUAAUAAUAUUUUUGGUGGUUCCAGAAAUGUCGAAGGCACUAAGAUAACUUUAGAUGACCUCAAACAAAUAUUUAAUAUAAACCCUAAUAAAGUUAAUACCUGA